GUGAGUAACAAAGAGAUGGCGGAGAAGGUGAUCAACGUAAGGAGAGAGACCCUAGAGGCAUGCAUGACGUGCCCUCUUUGCAAUGAGCUCUUUCACGAAGCUACAGCCUUAGCUCCCUGUCUUCACACAUUUUGCAGAAAGUGUAUAUAUGAGAAGUUAUCAGAUGAGAAGAUCAAGUAUUGUCCUGUAUGCCAUACUGAUUUGGGGGGGCAUCCAGUGGAGAAACUCAGGCGAGACCAUAAUCUGCAAGAUAUUUGUUCCAAGAUUUUACCUCUUAAGAGGAGAAAGAUUGCUGAACCAGAAUUUACACCCUCGAUCUCAUUACCUGUGGAUGGGGAAGAGGAAUCGCCAUCUUCAUCUCCGAAAGUGCAAACACAAAUUCCUCCAGAUGAUGCGAAGAAUGUCAGCUGGUUAAUUGUGUAUAUGAGAUCGUUUAUUCCUCAAACUGUGGUAUCUAUUUCUCGAGCAGCAGGAGAAGCUUUUGCUAGCUCUCCGGUGUUCUCCCAUAAUUUAGGAGUGCUCGAAGCCCUGGCUUCGAAACCAUUUCCCGAUCAGUGCUCCAAUGUCGAAGAAACUAUAGAUGAACUGAUCUUUCCUGCUUUGCAUUCACUGAGCUCAAUUCGAGAUGCAGAAGCGGCUAAGGAAGAAGUUGAUUUGUUACAUAUUCUGAACUUCAAUUUGGAAUUUCUUUCAAUGGUAUACUAUCAGUCUCUCAUCUUCUGUCGGGCCCGUAAGCAAGAGCAACUCCUCUCACAAGCUCUGAAGCAACUUGAAGAGAAAGAUAUCUUGGUGACCAGCCUGCACGAGAAGGAGGAGCUGAGAGGUAUCGUGGAGCAAGCGCAGAUCAAACAAGCACAAGCUGAAUCUGCCUUAGAAGAGACGCAGAUCUUGAAAGAAAAGGCGAUUGCAGAUGCCGUUGAAGAGGCCCGUAAAGAGACCCGGGAGAAUCUGACAAAGGAAUUUCAGAAUACAUUGAAGAUGAAGCAAGCAGAAGCUGAACAUGCCUUAAAGGAGAUGCAGACCAUGAAGGAAAAGGCUUCGAAGAAGUUCGGUAAGAGAUCAGGGAGAACAUGACAAAGCAAUUUCAGGAUAUUUUUUUUAGCAGAGUGUGAGGGAGGUUCUCAUGAGAUUCUCUUUUUUGUUGUUCAUCUGUUUGUGGCUAUAAAGGCUUUGUAUUUAUUUUUAGUUCCUUUUAUCAGUUUCCUAGCUUCCUUAAUGUAAUGCUUAGAUUAUCACUAGAAAAAGGUUAUGAAGCCUUACUUUUCAGUGUAUUUUACCAAAGAUCAGCAAGUUUUGUAUCAGAAACUGAAUGCUGAAAUCAUUUUCAU